ACAGUCCUGCUGCAGCAGCUGCUGCUCCAGUGUUUGCUAACAUGAAGAGCCAGCAUAUAAUAUUUCGCUCCGAAGAUCUUCUACUCGUCGCUGCAUAAAUUAUUACUUUUAAUAAUCCCAGCAGCUAUCGGAUGAAGUUUUAAAUUCUUUUUUGGGGCUUUACAAGGACGCAUCAAAUUGCUGUCAUAAAGCUAAUCUUAGUGUAGAAGCCAGUUAAGCUAGAUAGCUCUCAGAUGUACUGUACACUCAUUCUGCUGCUACGUUUUUAAACUUAAAAGCUCGCUCUGCUUUGUGCUGAAACGAUGCUUAGCUUGGUGAGCCUUUGUGCCAAGGAGGUGGUGAGUGACCACAGCUCGUCGCCCGGCUGGCUGCAGUGGGUUCCCAGGGAGCUGUACCGCCCGCUGCUGGAGGCCGCGUUCGCCAGCUGCAGACCACUGGCGGUGGGUGAGCUGGUUCAGCGGUGGCCUGAACGCACACUGCGGGUCGGAGGACGGAGGAAACAGGGCCAAACUGCGCCGAAUCGUCUCUGCAUUCAGGCCCUUUUAUUGGCAGUUGUCAGAGGACUGUCUGAUCGGAGGUGUUCACUGCAAAUACUAGACCUCUGUGGACUCCAAGGAGAUGAGGGAGGGAUGGGAGACCCGAUGGGAGGCUGGUCCCUAACUGUAGCCCUUUGCACCAUGGUCGUUCAGGCCAGAGCUGGAGCUCAGAGAUCACAGAGGAAAGAAGGGGAGUGGGAGAGAAAACGUUUCUCAGCUCUGGAGAGAGACAGGGACAUAAAGAGAGAGAGAGGACAGAGGAAGAGGGGACAGGAGCUAAAUGGUGAUGAAACAAGCAAUGACAGAGAGAAGAUUGGAUCUUCUGGACUAGUGAGUGAAGAGGACCUGAGUAAAGGAGUCAGGAGGAGGAUGGAGAUGAGGAAGAAGCAAGAGAAAGCAAUGACAGGAUCAGAAGGCAAUAAAAUUGAGACUGAUGAAAAAGAGGCAGAUAAUGAAGUUUUGGUGCAUGUGAGAGCCGAUCUUUUUGUCAAUGCCCGCUCUUGGGAGCGUGUUCGAGUGGCUCUGAGCACAUCAGGACCUCUAAAGCUUCAGUGCAGAUAUCUACGUGUGGAAGAGAUUUCAGUGUCGAGUAUCAGGACCCUGCUAGACCUCCUGCCUCGCAGAGGUCUUUUGGGCAUCGACGUUCGCUACAGCAGCCUCGGGGUGGCUGGCUUGGCUGAACUGCUUCCUCUGCUCUCCACCUUUCCUGCACUGAAAUCCCUCCGUCUGCACUACUGUAACUUGGACUUUCGCCGAGACCACGUUGGCCAGGAAGAGGCCCUGAGGGACCUGUCACGGGGCCUGACACACUUGCAAGAACUGCGACGGCUCAGCCUCACUGCGCUGCGCCUGCCUGGUCAGCUGCGUGUGCUGCUCAGCUCGCUGCCUCAGCCUCUAGAGAUCCUGGAGCUGCCCUAUUUGAGCCUGAGUCCAGCUGACCUCGCCUAUCUGUCCUGCAGCCAUCAUGCUUCUACACUGCAGCAGCUGGAUCUGAGUGAAAACCGUCUGGAUGUAAACACUCUACCUUCUAUCUGCCGCCUUCUCUCCCAGGCUUCCAGCAGCCUGCAGCACCUCUCUCUAAGCGGCUGUGGUCUGACUGAUGGCCUGCUGGGGCUCCUGUUGCCCUCAGUGGGGGGCUGCUGGGCUCUCAAGAGCUUGGCUUUGGCCCUGAACCCUCUCUCCAUGACUGGCCUCAUGGACCUUGUGAGGAUGGCUGUGAGAAUGCGCUCCCUGAGACAGCUACUCUACCCCAACCCCCUGGAGGAUUACCAGCCGGGCCUUCCGGAUCUCCCAUCCAGCGCUCAGCUCUUAGACUGGCCUCUGGAUGAAGCCACAGACAUAAACUUGACCAGCAGCCAACUGAACAGGGUGCUGAUUGACAGUGGACGCUCUGAUCUCUUCCUGACCUGUGACCUUCUCAAUUACGAUAAAGACCUGGUGGACUAGAGCAGGUGUCAGGGGAAGAACCCUGGUGUUUUUUAGGUCACUCGCCGACAUAUCAGAGCAAUGUACACAAGCCUGACAAUCAAACCGUCUCAUGGAAAAUAAGUAUUUAAACAUUUUGUGCCUUUUCUCUGUGACUGUUUGUCUCAUGAGAAAUAUAAAAAAAAAAAAAUCAGUUAAAACAGGCAAAUGAAAUUAAAAAGAUGUCAGUCAUUGCAAUGCAGACCUCCACCAAGGCCCAGCAAUCUACCUUAACUGUUGUUUUUCAAUCAAACCUGUCUGAUUUAGAUGACAGAGUUUGCAUUGAAGGGCUAUCAAAUCAAGUUUUUCAAAAUGAUGCAUCAAAACGUAACAUAAAAAUGUACAAGUUGGUCUGAUGCUGUGCCACAAAUAGACCUCUGGAGAUUUGGUGGUUACACACAAAUGUACACUCUGCUAAAUGGUAGAGACACUAAUAUGCCAUUCAAUCAGAAGGUGCUGCAAUACUUUAAUAAAUACACUUAUUGGCUGUCUAAAAUCAAGUGUAGUAUUUGAGUUACUGCUGGCUUUCUACCAAAAAUUAUUAAUCCUUUAUUAAAUAGGUUACAAGGAUAGUUAAGUAGAAGUCAUUCAUUUAAAUACAGUGUCUGAUCAGUCUGCAACAUGUGCAAACUACAUGCAAACAGAAGAAACUACAAGUUUAAAAGUGUUUUUUGUUAUAUAUGAAAUGAAUGUAACAAGAUAUUUCUUUUUAAAUUGUGGCAAGUUUUUAUCUUUUUAAGUUUUAUUCAGUAAUAUACAAUGUUUGUGCUGUUAAUAAUUCACCUAUUUUUCACACUGUAUUUCUUGAAUGUUUGUUUUAAAAUAUUCAUACUUCAAGCUUUCUGUAUUCUUCCACCAGCAUCAGGAAGUUAGUUUACCAAAUCAGCCUUCUUCUUUGCUACCAAAAUGCAUUUACAUACUGAAAGUCACAGAAUAAAUCAGUUACAAACCAAA